AUGGAAGAAACACCAGCCUCCUCCGACGUGGCAAAACUUAGUAAAUUAAGAGAAGCUAAUUGGCCACCAGUACUAUUCUUCAUUUAUAUUCACAUACUAGCCUUUUUUGGAUUAUGGCUCCUUUUCGUCGAAGCAAAAUUAAUGACGAUAUUGUUUUUGGUUUUCCUCGUAUCAGUGGGAAUUCUAGGAAUGACAACAGGUGCUCAUAGAUUAUGGGCGCAUCGAACGUACGAGGCUAACAGUGGGCUUAGAAUUGCAUUGAUGCUCUUCCAAACGCUCGCUGGAAUUGGAUCUAUAUAUGACUGGGUGCAGUACCAUAGGUUACACCAUGCCCACUUUAAGACUGAGUUGGAUCCUUAUAAUCCCAAAAAUGGAUUCCUGUAUGCCCAUGUCUUCACACGUUUCCAGAAACUUAGUCCUCAAAUGAUAGCAUUGAAAGACGCCAUUGAUAUGUCUGAUCUUCAAAAUGAUGGAAUUGUAAUGUUCCAAAAAAGGUUCUAUUGGCUUUUAUAUGGAAUUGUCUUUCUACUAUUGCCAUUGAACGCGCCGAUGGAGUAUUGGGAUGAAUCUAUAUUGUCUACUUUCUUCGUCAUCGGCAUACUCAGAUACGCAUUCCUACUCCACGGCUCUUGGUUGAUUGAAAGCGGUGUCUGUGUAUGGGGUUUACAGGAAGGAGAAAAGUACCCGCCAGAUUCCAAUACAGUGUUUAUAUUAAAUAGAACAUUCUGGCCAGAAUACCACUACAUUUAUCCUCAAGAUUACAAAUCUGGGGAAUUCGGAACUUAUGGCUCCGGGUGUUCAACUGCGUUCAUACGAAUGUUCGCUGUAAUGGGAUUAGCUAAAGAUCUUCGCACUUUAGAAUCAGGGACAUUGCAAAAAGCUCUCGCAGAAUAUGCAAGGACAAAACAACCCUUAGAAGUUUGUUUUAAAAAUGCUUUAGAAAACCAAGUUCUACAUGAAGAACAUUAUUUAAAACGUGAUUAA